CAUUAGAUCAGACGUUGAUCCCUAUCCUAGAAACCCAACAACUCCCCCCCCCCAAAAAAAAAUAAAAAUAAAAAUCUUCAAUCCAUAUAUAUAACGUGCAUGAUGUGCCCAGGAAAAAUGAAAUUAGCAAUCUUUACAUGUUUGAUAUUGUUGAUCUCAUGCACCCAAGUCCUGUCAAGCUCCGUUCUUGGAAAGUUUUCAGCUGUAGAACACAAAGGCCCGAUGCAAGAACAAGAAGUUGAUGAAAGACUUAAUAUUGCUGUUAAUGGAACAGUAGGGUUGUAUGGAUCAGUACUACUGGGUGAAAGGAAAUUAGGUAAUAAUAAUGGAAAGCAAGAAAUUAUAUAUCAGUCGAGGAAGUCCCAUAGAGGGAAGGGUGGCGGUACAAAUAUCCCUCAUCGACCAAGCCCCGGUGAAAAGAAUGCGGCGUCGACAUUGUUAGCAGCAUCCCCAUAUUUCAUCUCAUCCACCCUUAUAGCUUAUCUAAGCUUCGGUAAUUUGAUCCUUUUUUCUCCCUUCGGAUUGCUCUAAGGCCAGGAAAAAAAACAAGACUGUUUUGUUAUUAUAUAUCGUCCUAUAUAUAUACAUCAUUGGCCCAUUUUUCCUAGCUGGUUGUGUUUGGUGUAGAUUUUGGGUUUCCAUGUUAGCAUCGAUCCUUGUACUCGGUGUGUAGUGGCCGUGAUUUUCAAAAAUCUUAUUGUAAACCUGUAAUAUUGUUAAAGACUGUUUGUAAAGUAUGGUAUGUAGCAUAUAUAAUUGGUACGGAAUUUGGUGAUAAUACUAUGUAACUGUUGUUA